CUCAUAACCAUCACAAUGGCAACGGCAACCGGACGUAGUGCAGCCCUCAAGCUCGACUGGAACAAGGUGACCAGCUCGCUCGGUCUCCGCGGGCAAACCGUCGCCUCCCUCCAAGCGUUCAAGAAGCGCAACGAAGAUGCCCGCCGCCGGGUGCAGGCGCUGUCGCAGCAGCCGACGACCGUCGACUUCGCGCACUACCGCUCGAUCCUGAAGAACCAAGCCGUCAUCGACGAGAUCGAGAAGCACUUCAAGGCCUUCAAGCCCGCGACGUACGACCUCGCCAGACAGAUCAAGGCGAUUGAGGCCUUCGAGGUGCAGGCUGUCAAGAGCGCCGAGGAGACCAAGGGCCGUGUUGAUAUCGAGCUGAAGGAUCUGGAGAAGACGCUGAAGAACAUCGAGGAGGCUAGACCUUUCGAGGACCUCACUGUGGAUGAGGUUGCUGCUGCCCGUCCGGAUAUUGAUGAGAAGACCUCCCAACUCGUCUCCAAGGGACGCUGGGCCGUACCAGGCUACAAGGAAAAAUUCGGCGACCUUUCCCUGCUAUAG